AUGUCUGGGGCAGUUAAAAGAGCUACCGGCCUUACUGGUUUAGCUGUAGCCACUAACCCACACAAAGCCCUUGGAACCCUCUAUGGAAAAAUUUUGAGGACACUCCAAAAAAUGCCCGAACAUGCAGCCUACAGAAAACACACCGAAGCCAUAAUCAAAGAACGCUCAGAAAUCUUGACCACCACACCUGCAGUGGAAGAAGUUGAGAAAAAAAUCAAUUGUGGACAAAUUGAAGAGGUAAUUGUUCAAGCUGAAAAUGAACUGGUAUUGUCUAGAAAAAUGUUAACUUGGAAGCCCUGGGAGCCUCUUGUAAACCAGCCUCCACCCAGCCAAUGGCGUUGGCCCCCAGCCCAAGCUGUUCAACAACGUUGA